UGGCUGUGGGAAUCCAAAACAAACGCGGGAUGGAACGGGGUGGAAAGCUGAGCUUUCCUCACUCUGUGCAUUAAUAGCCUCCUGACACAGCCCAGCAGCUGGGGCUGACAUUUGCAGAGGCUCAGACGCGCCAGGACGACGGGAGCCCGCGUGAGGAGGCUGCAGGCAAGCAGGGCCCAGGGGAAGACGGUCCAGGAGCCACAUCCCGGCGCGGGAUGGACGAGACCAAAGCCCUGAAGGUGCGGCUCACCUUCUGCGUGCUGCUGGUGGGCAUCUCGCUGCUCUUCGCGGCCGUGGUGACGGACCACUGGGCCGUGCUGAGCCCCAGGGUGGAGGACUUCAAUGCUACCUGCGAGGCGGCUCACUUUGGGCUCUGGCGGCUCUGCACGAAGCGGAUUCAUGUGCAGAAGCAAGGUGCCAAAGAGACGGGCUGCGGGCCCAUCAGCCUGCCUGGAGCUCAUAACUGCUCCUACUUCAAGCACUUCACUCCCGGACAGAGCUCGGAGAUAUUUGAAGUCACCACCCAGAAAGAAUACAGCAUUUCAGCUGCAGCCAUUGCCAUCUUCAGCGUUGGCUUUGCAAUCAUCGGAACAAUCUGCGUCCUCUUCUCCUUCCAGAAGAAGAGGGACUACCUGCUGAAGCCAGCAUCUAUGUUCUACACUUUUGCAGGUCUCUGCAUCAUCAUCUCCGUGGAAGUCAUGAGACAGUCUGUGAAAAGGAUGAUCGACAGCAAGGACACAGUCUGGAUGGAGUACAGCUACUCCUGGUCCUUCGCCUGCGCCUGUUCCGCCUUCGUCCUGCUCUUCAUCUUCGGAAUCGUCCUCCUCCUCAUCGCGUUGCCCCGCUUCCCCCAGAACCCCUGGGAAACCUGCAUGGAUGCAGAACCUGAGCACUGAUGCUCCCCACAGCCAUGGGAGAAGCCAGAGAGUAUCUUGAUAACAUUUGUAUUUUUUAAGAUGUCGGGAUCUCACUAUACGAUGUGCACUCCGUUAACUAAGUCAUUAAUGAACCAAGGCACGUUCAAUUGUAACUACUGCUUCAUUUCUUUCCUUCCUUUGUUAAUAUUAAGAAGAGAGAGCACUCAGCGCAGCACUGUGGGUGAAAGGCCCUGCUCUCUUCCACCUCCCCCUACCAGAGUCUGUUUUGCCAUUUAGGAUGCCUUGUGCCAAUACAACCUGGGGAAAGCGAGCAUGGGAAGCUCAUGUCAUGGAGCAGAAGGCUUCCCCAGGGCAUAGCUGGGGCUGGAGAGCAGCUCCAUCAGGGAGAAUUCCAGCCCUGUGGGAGCCCACCUCCCCCCCUGUGCCAAACACCCCUGAUGAGGUGCUCACUGCCCAAACACAAAGGAGAUUCUUACACUGUUCUACCAAGCUGUUAGAAUAAAGCUGAACAAAAGACCU